AAAAAAAUCUGAGAGAACUUGAAUCUUCCUCCAGGUUCUUCAAUUCAAGUUUUAAUUUUUGUUUUGAUUUGUUCAAGUUCAAUCGUUCAAAGUCUCAUCGCUUCUAAAAUUUUGAAAACUUUUGUCAGAUCAUCAGGGUGUGAUUCUUGUAAUGCAGUGGUACAUGUUCUAAAUUUUAACGCAGUGUGCAUCAUGGAGAAACUUGACACAGGAGUUACCAAGAAACGAAGCCUCAGUAUCGAGCCGGACGAUGAAAAAAAUGAGGAGGUUCAUCCACAAAAGCUCAAAACCGAAGCUGGGUCCAAACCAAUAUCUUUUGAUCUCAUGAAAAAGAAGUCCAAUAUCAAGCCAAUUAGCAUUAAUCUCAAAGCUCAAAAAAACCUCUCGUCAACUACUACAACUUUAAAGACUCCCUCAAAAUCGGUGGCUGCUGUUUUCAAUGAUGAAGAAGAAGAACCCGAAGAAAUGCCCCGAGAAGCAAGGAUGCGGAUGAGAAAUUUUGGCCGAGAUACGCCCACCUCAGCAGGUCCUAACUCCUUUGGCAAAACCAAGCAUGGCUUCUGUGAUAUGAAAAAAGUCUUCGAAAAGCAGCUGCGGGAAGUAGCUGAAAAACAUGCUGACAACUAAUACUCCCAAGUUCACCUUUUCUCCAAUGGCAAAGCUUAAAUAGUUGUUUGAUUUUCUCUUGUCACUUCUGCAAUGAUGUUAUCAUUUCUAUACAGCUUAUUACUGAGGAAAAGUAUUUCCGAAACAGGCUCUUGUAGGAGUCUCUCUCAGAAUUUUCAACAUAAUCUUGGGUACGUGUUUCGAGACGUUGCCAAGCCAGGCACUCUAGUUGGGUCACAUUUACCAGAAGGGAACCAGCAUCAUUCGUCUUUAUUGUUUUCAAAAUUUUGUAUCUUCCUCUUUGCAUCAAAAGGUAUAAAAUUCAAAUUUAUGUACAGUAAUAAAAUUUACAUGAUAAUUUCUCUUAACAUCAACAAUUUUUGCUGGAUAAACCAAAAUUAUUUGCUGUUCCAGGAAUUUUUUUAGAGGUAGAUUAGAGAUGCCACUAUCAGGAAAUACUAAAAAGCCUGGGAAUUUUAAAAAGUCAGGGAAAAUGGCAAAAGUCUCAGGGAAGAAUUCUUCAGUCACCUUUAUUUGCUUUCUAGAGUGAGUUUAUCGCUCGAAAUAACCAAUUUUCCCUGAAAACUGUUUCCAAUCGUGUCUUUUCUACCAUGAGAAUUGUCAAGAAAUUUUAACAAUAUGUGCCAGGGAAAUAUCAAAGAAAUUACUUUUUUAAAUUCUGUGACAACCCUGAAAAAUGAAGAUACACGAUUUUUACAACACUGUUAUUGCGCUGGUUCCCCUCUGUUAGAUUUGAUCAAAUUUUCCUUUUGAAAUGCGUGUUUCUUAACUUUUUUUCUGACAAUGCAGCUAAUUUUUGUGCAUCUUUUAUCGUGCAAACUAGUUACAAAAACCCUAUCCUUAUCGAAGUACCCAUAUAGCAUAAUCCAGCGUUUUAGGUCAAGUUAAUUACAAGAGGGGCAGAAUGUCUUUAUUUGCUGAGCGAGCAUGAGCCUUGGAAUUGCAAUAAUUAAAAAUAGCUUGGUUCCUGACUGAUACGCAAGUAAAUGCAAAAACUCAGUUGUAGGAGUAUGUUUUAGCCUUUGAUGAAUUUUCAUCUGCCUAGGGCAGUCUUGUACUUAAGCCAGCAUUGACAUCAUGACGUCCCUGUAGGUACUAUAUAUUUUUUUCUUUUUUUUCUUCUCGAGCUGUCGAAAAAUUCUGUUUAAAAAUAUCAGUGUUUUUGUAAAGCGUAUUAUCAUGUGGACUGCAUUUUGCUAUUGGAAACUACAAUAUCUGGCUCAGUUCAGGAACAAUAAUGUACCGUCAGUUGCCCAAUGAACACAAGUGUAUUUACGGAUGGGCAAGAAAUUGUAGUUCCUAAUUAUAAAAUGUAGUUCACAUAAUAUAUGUGGCCGGAUCUGCAAAGAGAGAAUUUAUCGCACAGGAGAAAAUUUUCCGUAACUUUUUGCCAACACUUGAAUCGACCUAAGAAUUUUGGUCUUGGAACCUCAGGACCAGUAACUUGUUCAAUAUUUGCAAUUUUAGAAUCAAGCGUGCAGCAAAAUUUUUGAAGUUUCUUUUUUCUCACUUUCGCAAAAAGUUAGAACAACUUUUUCCAGGAAGGUAAGGUCCCACUUCACAGAUUCGGUCACAUAUUGUAUUAGAAAUUUCUGAAAUUUUUAGGAAAGCCUGUUAAUAAGUUCUUCUAAUGAAGGCUAUUAUUAUUCCCUCUGAAAUUCUAAAAGACAUAAAAUGUACCGGAGUUCCUUUAUUAACUGCACUUUUUAUUUGAACUCAACUAUUUGUAGCUGAAUAUGAAUGAUCAGCUUGUAUUUUAAAACAUAUUUGUAGGAGGUAGCUAGGUCAUCAUGAAGUAUUACUUCCUUUAUUUAUGUCAAUUUUUCAAUAGUUACAUAUCUAUGAUGAAACUGCAGGGUUGCGUAUCUCAUUUGUAGUAUUUCAAAAUCUUGGUUCUCAUUUCAUUUUAUCAAAGGAGAAGAAACCAACGCUUUUCUCGAAAUUUUCAUAGAUUAUUCGCCAUUCAGAGAAGGAAAAUAGGGAAAGUUUGCAAGACAGGAUGUUCUGUAUUUAUCCAUUUACAAUAUAAAGUGUGACAAAAAGUUUGUAACGCUACAAACUGAGACAUGCAUUUCUGCAGUUUCACCAUUUAUAUGUACCCCGUCUAAUAAGUUUACUUUAUUCCCUGUAUCGUUCAUGAAAUUUGAGUCAUCGAAAUAGUCAUGCGUAGUACAUUUUAUUUAUUGAUUUUUUCCAUUAUAAAUCUCAACAUUUCUUAAAUCUCAUUCCAAUUUCACAUUAUUGAUUCCAGUAAUGAACAUAUCCGUGCUUUGUGUGGAAUUUUAGUGGAAGAAGAAAAAAAAACUAUCCUUGUACGUUUUCCAUGAUGCAAGGUUGUACGUAUGGAUUGCAUCUAGCAGAAGGGAACUGCGGUUUGAUUACAGUGUUUUCAUAAUUUUUGAACUUCCUCCAUGCCUUCAAAAAUAAUAAAUAUAUGUAUGCGCAACUAUGAGAUUUACAGACUUGUUUUCCUUUAAAAUCAAAUUUUUUGUUUUUACUUUAGGCCUUUUUCUCAGAUCUAGAUGAAGAUGCAAGAUUUUUACAACACUGUAAUCGAGGUAAUUCCUCUCUGCUACAUGGGAUCCAUAUGGCUCUGAGGAGAAAAAAGUUUCUCUGCUUGUGUUAAUAGAAUCAAGAACUUGGCAAUAGUAGCGCAGUUUUUCUGGUGAAUGUGUGUAAUCAACCCAUGUACAGACAGACGGUGGAACUACCAAACCAUUUGUACUUUAGUUUGCAAUAUUUUUUCGAAGAAUAACUGAUCAUCGCUAAGAGAAUAAUUUUGCAUCAUUAUUCCUUGUCUUUUCAAGAAUAUUUUCUGAAAAUUUCCUGCAGAAAUGUUGAUUAGUCGUCGUUGAAAAAAAAGAAGAAAAAUGACCUAAAUAUCGAAACACUGUGCGAAUUCCAAGUUCUUCCAGUUUCACGGUCUAUAUGACAAGCGUGACAUCUUAUGAUAACAUUAGAACCACAGUAGCAAUCAUUACGAAUCCAUUUUCACAUUCAUCAAGUCUCAAGACUGAAUAAAGACUCCAUGAAGAAAAUAAUCCCGAUCUUCUAUGUAGAAUAGUAAUCAGCAACCUGAAUACAUGCCUUUUAAAUUUUCACUUGCUCUAAUUUCCAGCCUUGACGAUUCCAAGUAUUUAUUAGUUUGAAAAUUUUUGUUCCUCCAUGAGAUUGUGUAGAAAGAGUGGCACCUCACUUCUUGUGAAUUUUUGUAAAUAAAUUCUUGACACCGCUGGGCAACCUA